AUACCCUUUCGAUUCCUGUCUCCCAAAAACAUCACACAGAGGGCAAGAGUAAGGGCCACUUUGUUUCCGUUUCCAGAUUCCAAAUUCUAAAUUCGAUGGCUGAUUAUCAGGAUGGAAACCGGGAAUCGGACAUUGAGAGCUUGGUCAGCCUGCGUGAGCUAAUUGCUGUGGAAGACCCUAAUCUUUUGCGUAUCGCGGUUAUAGCAGAGGCGGAGGUGACCCUGGGAUUUCUAUUGGCCGGCAUUGGUUACCAUAGCGAGAAAUUUCGUAACUACAUGAUAGUAGAUAGUGAAACGACGCAAGAGGAGCUGGAAAAGUUCUUUCACACCGUCUAUUAUAAGUCCAACAUGGGUCUCAUCCUCAUUGACUUUGACACCGCCAAGCGGCUGCGUACGGUGAUGGCCAAUCGCACCCACCUGCUGCCCGUGAUAAUGACAGUGCCCAACAAAGACAGCCUGACAGUCUAUUUGGAUAACAAAGAUCGUAGUAGACGAUUACGCCAGCGGGAAAGCUAUUAAAAUCUGAAAUGGAAUCACUUGGAAUCAUUGUUAACAUUACUCCUGUAAUACAAAUUCAUUUGGAACAGU